AUGUCCCCCAUCACAGCAUAUCAUUCGUUGCUCCUAUCAAACCUGUCGACUGUUCAAACGAUCGAAUCUGGUUUAAGCAAUAUAACAUGGUUACUACCUGGGAGAUUCGAAGACGCCGAAUUGGCUUCAGAGGGUCUAUACGCCUUGUUAGGGUUGAUAUCUGGUUAUCAUGAUGAGGUGUUACAUGCACAUAUACCAAAACAUCUUGCGUUACCACCGCAUCCCUUCAUCUCUCCCAGCACUGCGGUCACGACUUCAAAUCGACUGGACAGUGAAAAUCGUCAAAGGAUAUUACCUUUACUACCUCCUCAAUCUGAUCACACCCGUUAUACCAGAUGUUGGAGUAACAAAUCACUGGCAUAUAAGAGAGCAAGUAAAGCUUUAAGUACUAUAGGAUAUCUGGAAUUAGUCAUUGAGAUGAUUGCGAAGAGGAAAGGCGGAGAUAGGAUCAGAUGGAGAGUUGUUUUAUUCAUCGAAAUCAUUAAGACUUUUUUGAGACUUGUCAUACUGCGAAUAACUAAGAGACAAGUUCUGUCACCUUCAACACCUCAACGAGAAGUUGAUCCAUCUUCUUUACCAUCCGAACUACUUUCAUCCUCAACGACGACAACAUCAUCUAUCGGUCCAGUCAAGCCAUCACCUUUAACGCCCAGUAUAACCCCCAAUGCACCAUUGAGAGAUCAUCUAUAUCCCAUGAUAGAACAUCUGCCCGAUUCUCAUCUAUCUCACCCGUUGAGUCUGGUACCGGAACUCAGAGGGAAAGAAUAUAUAUCCGAGGUUAUAUGGAGCGCAAUUGGCCUUUUGAAUGUCCUCUUACUGAUGAGAAGUUCACGAUCAACCAACGCAUCAUCUUACAAACCGCUUUCGUUACCCACUCUGUCCCGAUCAUAUGUCCCAUACAUUUCAGCUAUAAGACUUCUCUUCCUCGCGCGAUACCUUCGUCCGAAAUCUUCUUCACCAUUGGUGAUCGCCCAUAAUGCAGCUCAAGACCGUAGAUUGCUAGCUAGAGCAUUCUUGACCGGUCCAAUGUGGUUAGGCUUCACCAGACCUAAAGUGUUGGGUUUAGCCAAGGGGUUAGAACGAGUUCCUAUUCUCGGUCUAGUAGGAGAACUCGUCGAAGGCUACUUACCAUUGGUAGAUGAUUAUUUCUAUUAUACUUCUUCCUAA